AUGCAGUUCACCAACUUCAUCCUCCCUCUUCUGUUUGCCAUCUCUGGCGCCAACGCCCAAUCUAGCGAUGUGACUUCCGUCCAGACUUACUACACCACCGUCACUGUCAGCCGUGUUGUCGAGACCACCACUUGCACCUCGACCACUACUCCUGCUGCCGCUCCUACCACUUCUUCGUCUUCAUCAUCAUCAUCUUCUUCUUCUUCCACCAGCGAAGCUCCCGUCAUCUCUACUUCUGAGGCUCCUGUUCCCACCAGCUCGCCCUCGACCUCGUACACUACUGAGCUCAUCACCCAAACUGUCCAGAGAAUCGCUGCCAGCUCUGUCGUCUCCUCGUCCAUGGUUACUGUCUACCCUGUUGCUGCCAGCGCUUCUGCUGCCAUGCCUUACGCUUCGACCAACGGCACUGGUGUUGCCGUCGCUUCUCCCACCAUGACUCAUUACACUGGUGCCGCCUCUGGCUUGACUGUUCAGUUCGGCGCUGCUGCUGUCAUUGCUGCCGUUGCUGGUGUUGCUCAGAUGCUCUAA